ACUUGUCGCCGCACCGCCCGGCAUCGCGUAAACGGAGAACGCAAUCGCGUCAACAAUCUCAACCGGUGCGCGCACCGUACCGCCUCUGCCUGCGCUGUCGCAUACUCUGCACCGGUGCAACGUUAUUGAUUCCACGGCGCCAACGCAAAAUGCACCUGCAAUAUUACUCGACAUAACGUAUGUAUGAAAGAAUUGUGAACGAAAGUGAAAGAAAAUUAUUUUAAAACGAUGGCCCAAGGACUAAAAUUAACUACUCUGCUCGUGCUAAUUGUUAUCAAUUGGGCACAUUCUGAAAAUACACAAAAAUGCGAGAACACGCCUAUGAAACAGAUCGUCUGCGAGUUCGGAACGGCCAAAGAAAUCCUGAACUUCAACACUUGCUUGUGCACACAUAUAGCGGUUCCUGUUAGUUUGGAAUCGGAAAAGGACGACGAGACCCCGGACUCGACGUCGACAAUCAAAUCGUACAAACAGAUCAAUGGCGAUCUUAAAUCACUGGCCGCCGUUUCGGUGUACACAGAAGAUGUUGCAAAGAAGACGAACCAGAUUUGCAAAGAGAUCGUCGACGUGUUGGUGCACUACGACGGAAUACAAUUGGAUCUACGGCAAUCCGAAGUAUCCGUGGAUAAAUCGCUCGUUGUGCAUUUCUUCAAGGUAUUAUCGUCUGAAAUCAAUAACAAGUUCAAAGUUGCAUUAACGAAUAAUUCAUUAGAAGUAUUUAAACAAACAAAAGAAAUACAACUAGUUCUUCCUCCAAAUGUAGCUAUUAUGACAAAAUACUACGAUCUCAAGAAACUCUCCAAAUUUGUGGAUUUCUUUAUAAUUGCAACACAUAAUCUUGUAGACAAUUCUGAGCAAGGUUAUACUUACCACCCAAGUCGACUUAUGGGAGCCGAUGAUUUACUGAAUGCUGAUGCCCUUAUCGAUCUUGUUAUCGGACUUGGUGUUCAUCAUUCAUCAAUACUUUUAUCACUGCCUUCGACAGCAAGUAAAUUUGAACUUAAAGAUCCAACCAAAAAUACUCCUCGAUCACCAGCCGUUGGUUUUCCAACAACAAUUACGCGACAACAAAUGUGUGAAAUAAUGAAAGAAGGUAAUUGGACAAUCGAAAGAGAUGAGGAUUUAACUGCUCCAUACACGUUUAUGAAUACGACAUGGAUGUCGUUCGAUGAUAGUGUCAGCGUAUCCAUUAAGGGAAAAUACAUAUUGUUACGAGAUUUAGCUGGAGCUGUAGUGACUGACGUUGAAGCGUUGGAUUGGAAAUUAACGUGCAUAAACCAAACGGAUGUAGAACCAUUGAAAGAACUUGCGAAAACUUUUACCGAAAUUGCCAGGAAAUCUAGAUCUGCUCAGUUAUUAAGCUUGCAAGAACAGUUACAACAACCGGCCGACCAAGGAUUCUAUUUCAAUAAUGAAAUCAACUAUUCGCCAUAUUACAUAGAGAGAGUGGUCACCAGAGAUGGUGAAGUUCAUGUAAUUCGAAAAGACACAAAAACAGAAUUCGAAUGUUCACGACAAGGUUAUUUUAGGCAUCCAAGUGGUUGUAAUCGAUUUUAUCGUUGCGUAAAAUUUGAUCAAAAGUCCAAUUACUUCACGGUUUAUGAAUAUGAUUGUCCUGAUGGUCUAGCAUUUGAUGAAAAAGUUGAGGUAUGCGUAUGGCCCGGAUCCUUAUCCGAUACAGGAGCUUGUCAAGGCUCAAGUGAAAUAGCUCCUGUUCCACGAAACCAAUUUAUCUGUCCACCAAUAGAGGGAUAUUAUGCUGAUCCAGAAAACUGUCGAUGGUUUUUCGCCUGUCUUGAUCAUGCUAAAGAUGGUUAUACUCCUCUCACAGCGUACGAAUUCAGAUGUCCAUUUGGAUUAGUAUUUGAUGAGAAUACAUUAAAAUGUGACUGGCAAUGGAAAGUGGGGUCUUGUGGAAACUCUGGUAGAUCAUAUACAAACAAUUACGGAGAACAACCUUAUCAGACGAAUUUAUUUAACACUUUAUACGAAAAAGAAUCAUUUGUUCCAUAUGGUAAAUAUAAUCAAGAUCAACCUCAAGUACCAUUUGAAUCCAUUGAUACUUAUGAUCCUUUUGGUAAAUUUAACUUCCCAUAUUCUUCCACAAUCAAACCUCAAUUAACAUAUGAUUCUACAGUAAAUUAUGGAGCACCGAAUGCACCUCAAUUUUUGUACAGUUCAGCGCAAUCGUAUUCACCGCCAAACGAUUUUCAAAUUCCAUAUAGUUCAUCAGAAAAUUUUGUUAAUCCUAUCAGACCACAAAUAUUUUAUGGUUCGACGGAAUCUAGCACAACCAAACCAGAAUCCUUUUAUGGACUAACUGGAACUUAUGCUACAACGAAAAAGCCCGAAUUAUCUUAUGAACCUACGGAAUCUUAUGCUACCACAAGUAGACCACAAUUCUUUUACAGCUCCACUGAAGGCUACUCUAGCACAAGUAAACCUCAAUAUCCAUACAGUUCAACCGAAAGUUAUGCUACUACAAGCAAACCUCAAUUCUUAUACGGACCUUCAGAAUCUUACUCCACUACAAUAAAACCACAAUAUUCAUAUGGCGAGACUGAUAGAUAUGUAAUUCCAAAUCAACCGAUUGGAUCACCAUAUUUGAAUAGAUACAGACCGGAAUACAAUAAAUUUAAUGCGCCUUUAGGAAUACUCUAUCAUCAACAGCACGAUUCAGAACUUGGUUCUCAAUAUCACGCAGGAUUUGUUCACCAACAAAACAAUUUUCAAAGUAUACCAGUAAAUAAAAACUAUGACUCACAUAAAAAUGAUAUACAAUAUCCACCAAUUAAAGACUAUGAAACAUAUUCCACCACUCAAGGACCUUUGAAUAAAAUACCCAAUGCUAGACUUUAUUCAGAAAGUUAUUCUUCAUCUAACGUUUAUUCAAACCCAUCAAUACCUUAUGUAAAUAAUGAAAACAAACAUUCUUAUUCUAUUUUGGGAGGAGCAAAUGGAUACGAUUCUCAUAAAAUCAAUGAAAAAUACCAGCCAUCAUAUAAUUUUGAAUCAUAUUCAACCACUCAAAAACCCAUUGUUAAAUAUCCUGAUGUACCAUCAUACUCGUACUCAAAUAUUUAUUUGCAACCAACUUCUAAACCAUUUGAAGAUUAUUCCCAAGGAAGUUCUUAUUCAAGUUUGAACGAAAAUUCAAAAUCACAAUAUUCUACUACUAGUUCAUCGUAUGUAUCUUCGUCCCCAAUUAACAACUUUAACGAUUAUCUAAUUUCCUCUACUACAGAAAAACCUACAUACCACGAUACAAGCUUAUAUAAAGAACAGUUUAUAACUCAAUUAAAUUUUGAUGAUUAUUUAUCAAGACUUUCUAGUCAAAAAUAUCCGUCAACUACUCCAGUAAUUGAUUAUACACCGUCCGUUCAUGGAAAUAACUUCAUACCAACGUAUUCUUCUACCACUCCAAAACCAACUAUAUUAUAUUACAGCUCUCCAUCGUCUAAAUUGAGUACAUAUAAAGAAACAUCAUAUGCUCCGUCGUAUUCAACAUCACCAAAAGUUAAAGAAUAUAAUGAGAAUUACGGUUCUUCAUUAUCAUACCCAGUAACUACUGAAAAAUCAACAGAUUACAAAUCAUCCAUUUCUUCAACUUAUUCUCCUCUAGAAUACGGUCCUUCGGUUACCCCAAGUGCAUACAAACCUACGUUCAAGCCAACGGUUGACUACUAUACACCUUCAUCUACAGCACCUAAUAAUGAUGCUCUUUUCGUUGAAGAAUUGAUUUCUAAAUUAUCCAAAACUCCAUUGUCCACCACUUACUCAACGACAAGUGCGCCUAACUUGUUAUACAACAGUUAUCCAUCUUAUCCAUCACAACAUGACGGAGACUACGUACCAAAUGAUUCCUUCGACAUUGAUGAAUACAUAGCAAAACUUUCCGAAUCAAUAGAAAAUUCUACCCCAAAACCUUUAUAUUCAAGUACAUCUUAUAAACCCGAUGCUGUGUCAUACAGUUCAAACGAUUAUGUACCUAAACCAUUACCUACCUCAGUUUACUUAACUUCGACUGAGGAACCUAAGACAUUUAGUGAAGAAUCGUAUUCAGCACUACCUGUUCAAUCAACUACGUGUAAACCUGAAGCUUCGUUAAAAAUAUCACCUCCAGCGGCUCAAUAUAUACCAUCGCUUGAGUCUGUGUUUAGUGUAAGACCUCCUGUAGUUACUUAUACACAAAGACCAGAACCAUUAGUUGGUUAUACCAGCACAGCUUCUGAUUUGAUAAAUUACUAUCAUAGCAUCCAUUCAUCUUUAGAUUCAGCUUAUCGUUCACCUUUACCUAGGUAUUAUUCUGCUCCAGUUGGAAACUCUCUUUACGCCAAUAAUUACACUCUUCCCAGAGAAUACGAAAAAGAUGCCGGACAUGAUAUACGUGGGGCUUAUCCAGCUUAUCCUCUAAGACCAAUAAUUGUAGAACCGGUCAGUCCAGAAUUAAAUGCCGAGUUUGAGCGUUAUUACACAGCAGGAAUAAGACAAAACUUGAAGAGCGAAGAAAACGGAAAAGUGCUGGUUGUUGGCGACACUAGCCCUCUACUAGUUGGCAAAUUGGGAGCACAAUGCGACUGUGCUAAAAAAAAGAAACCAACAAUCGUUUCAACUACGACCCGGACCGUAAUCGAAAACAAUGACGACGAUGAUGACGACGAAAAAUCAUUAUCCGUAAAAGAAGUCGAAACGAAGACUAAAGUUAUAUUGGAAGAAGUGAAAAAGCCAUCGAAUAAAAAGUUGUGUACCCGUGCAGGUUUGUUCAGGGAUCCGAAACAAUGUAACAAAUUUUACUCAUGUAAUUGGGACAAGUGGACACAAAAGUAUGAACUGAGUGACUUCAAAUGUCCAAUUCAUCUCGCUUUCGACGAGAAUCUAAGCGCCUGUAAUUGGCCAUCUAAAGGACCGUCAUGCUCACACGAUACGCUCAUUAAUUACUCAAAUUAAUUUUAAAAGAAAAUAAUGUAUAUAAAUAUGAAGUUUUUCUAUGUGAAAUUUUAUA